AUGGGACCUCACAGUUGGGUUGCAACCUCAUCGUCCUCUUCAUACUCACUCGACGAAAACACCAUCAGAGAUGGUGAGUACGGUAUGCCGAGCACUGUUACUGCGGUGGAAGGGUCAUCAGGGAAACGUCUCGCACCGAACAAGACCCUGGGAAAAUAUACUUCUCCUGCGAAUUCCGAGCGGUUAGUUGAUAAUCAUAAACCCGGUUAUCAUAUUCGGAAGUGGUGGGAUCGUGUGAUUGAAGAGGAGUUAGAAAUACUUCACUCUGAAAUCAAGCGGGUUUCUGGGGAAGUUGAGAGUCUUCAAACUCACCACCGUGCCGGAAUGGAGGAGUUAAUCUCGGAGCUGAAGGACGGCGAGCUAACAUUCAUCAUCAUGGACAUGCGUAUUGCGGAGAAACGUAUUGCCGACCUGAAGGAAGAACAAGAACAGAGCAAAGCGGAGAUAACUAGGUUGGAGUUGGUGAUUGGUGAUUUCAACAAGAAGUACAAAGCUGUGGAAAGCACGUUUGCGAUUGCUGCACUUUUCCUUCUUCUUGCUUGGUUCUUAGUUUGGUUUAAGUAA